UUUUCAAGGCCUCCAGAUUUUCAUGGUUUCUUGGUCCGACAGCUUUAAUCAUAAAGAGAAGAUGAUAUUACUUUUGUUGCCUCUCUUCUACCAUGGUUUAUUUGCAGUGAAACACUCGUUGAUGCACUCUGUCACUGGAUCCUCUGGAGACCCAAACAUCUCAGAGUUUGCAGGUGUUGUAUUGUUUGAUGGCACUGAGGCCGUUUUCUGUGACAGCAGGAACAAGAAAUUAGAACCAAGACAGGACUGGAUGAAAAAAAUAUUCAGCAAUGACACUCAGCACUUGGCAUUGUACACCCAACAGUGUUUUGAAGAUCAGCCAAAGAUCUUCAGAUUCUUGAUUUCUACUGUAAAGCAGCUGUUACAUCAAAUAGAAGGUGUUCACAUAUUACAGAGAACAGGUGGAUGUGAAUGGAAUGAAAACACUGAUGAAGUGGUUGGUAUGGUACAGUAUGGGUAUAAUGGAGAAGGCUUUCUUGAACUGGAUCUUAAGACACUGACAUGGAUCCCACUGAAACCAGAAGCUGCCAUUAUCAAAAAGGAAUGGGAUACUGACACAAUUGUACUCAAAGACAUUGAAAGCCUCCUCACUAAGGUUUGUCGAGAGUGGCUGAAGAGGUAUUGGAGCUAUGGGAGCAGCUUCCUGCAGAGAACAGUUCUUCCCUCAGUGUCUCUCCUCCAGAAGACUCCCUCCUCUCCAGUCAGCUGCCAUGCCACAGGUUUCUAUCCCAACAAAGCUAUGAUGUUCUGGAGAAAAGAUGGAGAGGAGAUUCAUGAAGGUGUGGUCCACAGAGAAAUCCUCCCCAACAAUGAUGAGACCUUCCAGAUAACUGUUAAUCUGAAUGUUUCAUCAGUAAGACCAGAAGACUGGAAAAGAUACGACUGUGUGUUUCAUCUCUCUGGUGUUGAGGACAACAUUGUAACCAAACUGGAUAAAACAGCAAUCAGAACAAAUUGGGAUGAAAACAACAGAACAAAAUUAAUCUCCAUCAUUGUUGUUGUUCCUGUUCUCAUCGCUAUUGCUGCUGUUGGAUUUGUUGUUUACAAAAGGAAAAAAGCUCCCGUUGACGUCUAUGAAUAGUAUGAGUCACUGAAUUGAAAUUGGAAACCCAGCCCACACAGCGCCAUAUGGAAAGCUAUACACACCUGCAGUUAAACACAUUAAAAGCAAAGAUGUCACAGACUUUGAACUUGGACCCGGGAUUUUGAUGGGUUGUGAUUACAGCAUGUGAUCCAAACUGCCUCGAAAAUACUUUUGUUGUCUUAAUGAACCAAAUGUUGGCUGUCUCACAAACUUUUUCAAUUUUUUUUUCAAUUUAUAAAGUUUUGAGUCAGAGGCUUUAAUCACUGGAAAAAAGAGAAGAAGAAAAAAGAUUGGUCAAUUCUCCAAAAACACUGUUCUAAAUUACUUCAUGUUGGCUUGAGUCAGGAGUGUAUGACGUCCAGUGUCUGCCCAGAUAAUACAUCAUUGUAAACAAAUAAUCUCAGUCAAUAUCUUAUAAUAUAUUGUUCGGGUACUAUAAAGCACGAUCAACAUACCCAUCUGUGAUCUGGAUUAACUUAUGUAUUCACUUAGUUACGGUAUUUCGGAUGACAUGUCUGUUAUCUGUCUUUAGAUCUGUUUUGUCAUUUAAAUAUUAAAUUAUAAUAUUUAAUUACUGCAACUUAUUUAAUUGUGCAUCAUGAGCUUACCUGCAGAUGCAGUCUGACAGAGAAGGAGCGGCACCAUUAGCUUCUAGCGGGGUUUGAAGGCAGAGGCCUUUGCAUUCCAGUCUUUGGUUGCCAAAACUGGCUUUGGGCACCUCUCUGUUGGGGAAGAAGCCUGAGCUAUUACUUGAGGCUGAGGGAUACUUGGGUUCUGGAACCAGCUAGAGACAACCCUUGACUUGCACUGGGGUUCCUGGUGGCUGAGUUUGACAUGUGUCAAAGUCCAAGGUCAUAGUCCUCAGUCCGAGAAGGGUGGAGCCUACUCCAGGUUAGGAAUGAAUGACAGUCAUAGGACAGGGGCGUAAUUACUUCAGAAUCUUGUUCAUUACUGAGGGAAGAGUGGGAGAUUGACAGAUUGGUGGGGCAUCAGCAGCCAUGCACACUACUAGACAGAUGAGCAUGAAAAUGAAGAGAUUCAGUAUAUGUUCCUACUCUACCCUCAACUCAGAGUACUUGAAACAUAAAGGGUGACAUCAAGCAAACCAGCCGUGGAACAACAUACUUCUGCAAUGCAAUACACUGUCAGUGUUUUACUAUUAAAGAUUAUAAUGAUGAUCAAAUAAUGUAAAUCUGAAAAGUUGAUCAAUUAAUUUAAAAAAAACAGCUUUAUUGUCUUUUA